CCGCCUACGAGCGGGAGCGGGCGGCGCCGAGGAUGAGCUGGUUCAACGCCUCGCAGCUGUCCAGCUUCGCCAAGCAGGCGCUGACCCAAGCCCAGAAAUCUAUUGACCGGGUGUUGGACAUCCAGGCCGAGGAGAGCCCCUGGCCCGACGCCGUCAUCCCCGACUACGGCGACGGAACAAAUUCUCUUAUAAGUGGAGGAUGGGAUACUUCUUCUUGGGGUUUAAGUUCAAAUACAGAACCACAGAAUCCGCCAGUAUCACCAACUGCAAUCACCAAACCAGUGAGGAGAACAGUAGUAGAUGAAUCUGAAAACUUCUUCAGUGCCUUUCUCUCUCCAACGGACGUUCAGAGCAUACAGAAAAAUCCAGUGGUGUCCAAACCUCCAGCCAAAUCACAGCGACCCAAGGAGGAGGUGAAAAGCACUUUAAAAGAGCCUCAGCACUUCAGUCAGCUGGAAGUACUGGUGACUACAGAAGCAGAAGUAAAAGAUUCCUCUGUAGGUGGCCUAGCAGACUUGAAAAACCUCGAUAGCUCAAAGGAGAAACCAGAAGAGAAUUCUGUGCUUAAAUCUAAUGCUGAGCGUGAAGAAAGCACAAAUGAAGUUGCUGAUGAAAAGGCAUCUGCUCUCAAUUUGAAAGAACCUGAGGAUGCUCUUAAUGAAAAAUCCAGUGUGGGGACAGAUAGAACUGGAGGUGCACUGGGUAGCAACUCACAGCCUCUUAAUACAGGUACAAAAGAUGUGAGCUUGGAAACUAAAGAACAAAAAACUGAGGAUAGGCAGAGCAAUACACCGUCACCCCCAAUAAGCACUUUCUCCUCAGGAACAUCCACAACUAGUGAUAUUGAAGUUUUGGACCAUGAAAGUGUAAUAAGUGAGAGCUCAGUAAGUUCAAGACAAGAAGCUGCAGAUUCCAAAUCCAGUCUUCAUCUAAUGCAGACGUCGUUUCAGCUUUUAUCUACAUCUGCCUGUGCAGACUAUAAUCGUUUGGAUGACUUUCAAAAAAUGACCGAAAGCGGCUGCUCCUCUGAUGCCUUUGAAAGAAUAGAUUCAUUUAGUGUACAGUCUUUAGAUAGUAGAAGUGUAAGUGAAAUAAAUUCAGAUGAUGAGUUAUCAGGCAAGGCUUGUGCUUCAGCAUCUGUUGCUAUCAGUCCUUCUGCACCAAAGACAGAAACAGUUGCCACCCUGAAAAGUAAAUCUGAAGAUGUGAAUGACAGUCCUGUGGUACACACUGAGGAAGCUGAGAUGGAAGAGAGUGGGAGAAGUGCAACACCUGUUAAUUCUGAGCAGCCAGAUGUUUUGGUGUCUGCUGUGCAAACUGAGGAACAGGUUGGGAAAGAGGAGACUGAGCCUCAGCCCGAUGCUGAUGGAGAGGUGCUGGAAGGGGACUCUGAAAUGGAAAAGCUUAAAAAGAUGAUUGAUUCGUUAAAUGAGAAACUGGAGAAGAGAGAAACACAGUUACUGAGUACAAGUAAAGAGAAGGCGCGGCUGGAAGAAGCUUAUGAUAACCUAAAGGAUGAAAUGUUUAGAAUGAAAGAAGAGACCAGCAGCAUUUCAUCUCUUAAGGAGGAGUUUGCACAGCGAAUAGCAGACGCUGAAAAGAAGCUCCAGCUAGCAUGCAAGGAAAGAGAUGCAGCUAAAAAGGAAGUAAAGACUGUUAAAGAAGAGUUGGCUACCAGACUGAAUACCAAUGAAACUGCUGAAUUACUGAAAGAGAAAGAGGAGCAAAUCAAAGGAUUGAUGGAGGAAGGAGAAAAACUUUCCAAACAACAACUUCACAAUUCCAACACUAUUAAGAAAUUAAGAGCAAAGGAGAAAGAAAGAGAAAAUAUUAACUCAAAACAGAACAAAAAGAUCAAGGAACUGGAAGAAGAGUUGCAGCAUUUAAAACAGGUACUUGAUGGCAAGGAAGACCUUGAGAAGCAGCAUCGAGACAGCAUUAAACAACUGAAUGUUGUUGUGGAGCGACAAGAAAAGGAUCUUGCCAAGCUUCAAGCAGAAGUGGAAGACCUUGAAGAACGGAACAGAAGUGUCCAGGCAGCUCUUGACAGUGCAUACAAAGAACUUGCAGAUCUUCACAAGGCUAAUGCUACAAAGGACAGUGAGGCACAAGAAGCUGCCCUGAGUCGGGAAAUGAAGGCAAAGGAAGAGCUUGGGUUAGCACUGGAGAAGGCCAAGGAUGAGGCACGGCAGCAGCAAGAAGCUUUGGCAAUUCAGGUGGCAGACCUGAGGCUAGCUCUGCAACGUGCAGAACAGCAGGCUGCGAGAAAAGAAGACUAUUUACGUCAGGAAAUCAGUGAACUACAGCAGAGACUCCAGGAAGCAGAGAGCCGGAACCAAGAACUAAGUCAAAGUGUUACUUCUGCUACACGGCCUCUUCUCAGGCAGAUAGAGAAUUUGCAGGCCACGCUGGGAGCACAAACCUCUGCGUGGGAGAAAUUGGAAAAGAACCUUUCUGACAGACUUGGUGAGUCUCAAACUCUUCUAGCAGCAGCUGCUGAGAGAGAACGGGCCGCUACAGAAGAGCUUAUGUCUAAUAAAGUUCAGCUGUCUUCUACUGAGUCUCAGAACAGCCGCUUAAGGCAAGAGAAUAGUCGUCUCCAGGCUCAGGUGGAAAUGGAGAGAAACAAAUUGAAGAAAAUUGAAGUUGAAAACAGCAGGUAUGAGGUUGAACUAGAAGAACUCAAAGAUGAGUAUGCAAAAACUUUGGAAGAUGCAAAGAAAGAAAAGGCACUGCUGACUACUCAGUUAGAAAUGGAGAAAAUGAAGAUUGAACAGGAAAGAAAGAAGGCAAUUUUUGCACAAGAAGCAGCAAAGGAAAAGGAUCGGAAGUCAUUUACAGUUGAAACUGUUUCAAGCACUCCAACUAUGUCUCGCUCUAGUUCCAUAAGCGGAGUUGAUAUGGCAGGCCUUCAGACCUCUUUUCUGUCACAGGAUGAUCCCCAUGAUCACUCAUUUGGACCAACAGCUUCCGGUGGGAGCAAUCUUUAUGAUGCUAUAAGGAUGGGAGCAGGUUCAAGUGUAAUUGAAAACCUUCAAUCACAGUUAAAACUAAGAGAAGGAGAAAUCUCACAUCUACAGCUGGAAAUUGGAAACCUUGAGAAAACUAGAUCGAUAAUGGCAGAAGAACUGGUUAAAUUAACAAAUCAAAAUGAUGAACUUGAAGAAAAAGUGAAGGAAAUACCAAAAUUGCGUGCACAGUUAAAGGACUUGGAUCAAAGGUACAAUACCAUUCUUCAGAUGUAUGGGGAGAAAGCAGAGGAAGCUGAAGAGCUUCGGCUGGAUCUUGAGGAUGUGAAAAACAUGUAUAAGACUCAGAUAGAUGAACUUUUAAAACAAAGACAAAACUAACUCCUGCUGGAGCUCCUCACGUGAUAUGGUAACAGACUGUGUAGAUAUUUAUGUAAAUGCUGGAUUCAAAUGUCUUGUUUUAAAAAAAAAAAAAAAAGAGAAUUAAGUGUAUGAUAGAAAGCGUGUCUAUACAAUAGAGUUCAUAUGUUGACAAAAAUCAAUGCUUUAAAUGUCUUCUACUGUCUGCAGUUAAAUUAUUUGUGCAAUAUUUAAAAAAAAUAAGUCAUCUCUGUAUUUCUGUUUUUACUAAAAAAGGACCAUUUUACUUACAAAAACACUAGCAGGAAAGAUGGUUGUUACCUCAUGAGACAGCACUGAAAGGCAUGAGAUUUACAAGUGGCCCUUCAUAUUCUCAUAUACCAGUGACAAAUCAGAAGUCUUUUCAAAAUGUUCUUUAGAAGAGUUUUUUCUAAAAUUUGACCAGAUCGUUUUUAGUAAUGAAAUAGCAGUGGUUUGCUGUCUGAAGGAUGAUUGGAUGUAUAUAUAUUUUUAAAUAAAAGAAUUGCUGCUGCUCUCA